AAUAAUUAUGCUCAAUUAAUAUGAGCCUUUAGAAUAGCCAGGAGUAGCUUUGAGCAUAACUGAAUAUCCCACAAAAUCUGAAAUCUAAGAAGUAGUUUCGAAAGAAAAGUAGUCUCAUUUGUCAGAUAUGUAAAUUGAACAAUAAUUUAGAUUACUACUUCUAAUUAUCAUAUUUUAUUUGAUUGUAGUGAUUUCUUUUUUUGUGGUAUUGGGCACAUCACAAGAAUUCAGAUAAUUUCUGUUUGACUUUUUUAAUGAUAACUAUGAAAAUGGUAAUUAAUAAUAUUGAUUUUGCUAAAGAUGUUCAUGGAUUGAUUUAUAUUGGAGCUUUUGAGUUUUUAUUGAUUAUAACUGGAUUUGAUAUAUUUUUGAUGGAUAUUUUAUUUGGAUUUUUCAUUCGACCAUAUUUAACAGCUUUUGGUUUAUUAUUUGCAACUAAAAUGGCUGGAAAGUAAUAAUAAAAUGAAUUUUAGAUUUUUAUGUUUUGCUUUAGUAAAAUAUUGUUUUAGAGAAGAAAUUUAUUAAGCAUUUAAAGGGAAUAUAUUUUUCAAGACUUUUUAUAUAGCAGCAAAAAUAAACCCAAUAAAAAUCUUAGCAAUUUUACAAUUAAUCACAUUACCUACAGCAUUUAAGACAUAUGUUGUUGGUGUAUUUGCAGUCAGUACUUAAUAGUACUUGAUAGUUACAUCAAUUAGUAAUUUUAUAUGGACUGGUUUUUGGGUUCAUGUUGGAGUUUAAGCAAAGAAUGUAAAGACAUUUAUUGAGACUGGAAAAUCAUCAGAUAUUAUGCCUUUGUAAAUACAAAUGAUAAUAUUAAUUGGAGGAAUAUGUGCUUUAGGAUAUUUGUUGAAACUUACUAAUUAAGUUUACUAAGCUAUUGUAUAAGAAGUUCAUGGAUUGGAAAAGAAUAUAAAAUGA